AUGAACGAUAUAGAUUCCUCAAUUAGCCCAUUAUUCAAUCAAGUUCCCAUUGAAAACUCACAAUAUUAUAAACAACAAUCACUGGUCCACGAUACAAGGCCAUCUCAUCUUGAUCAUCUGGACAUUCAUCAUACACAACCUCAAAAUAGUGUAAGAGUAAAUUCACAGCAGCAGGAACUGCCACAACUACAACAUCAACAUCAACAUCAACGUCAACAACAAGCACCACAACUGGUUCAACAAGUGCAAUCACAACAACAACCUCAACAGGAACCUCUGCCACAACUGCUAGAGAAUCAUCACCAGUCGAUCUCUCAAGUGAAUACCCAUAGACAAUUUAGACAAUCUCCACUUUAUCCAUCGUCGAAACUAUAUUCACAACCACCACUUCAAGUGUUUAAUUCGGAGUGGAUAGAAUCGGCUCAGAACUCACCCGACAAUAUAUCCAAAAUUCUUGAGGAUCAGGUUAAAAUGUCAACAACGACUGCAAUGGCUACUGGAUCAAAUAUUAAAUAUGAAACACCCCUGAAGUCGAAGAACACCUUUGCUUAUAUCCCACCACGCCAUGAAGAUGUGCAGAAGAUAGAUCAGGCUGAAUCCUUAUCACAAGCUUCCUCCACUGCUUCAACCAUUCCACCUAAACCACCAGUUAUAAGUAAUUGGAAGAUAUUUUGGUCCAUGUUGAAUAGCAUCGUGGGGAAGGAUAAAAUGGCCAAAGUGGGACAAUAUACAUUACGUUUAUUAGUUUUCCAUGCUACACAAGCUCAAGACUACUUAUCAGAUGACAAAGUCAACAUUGCAGCUAUUAAGUUAAGAUACGAUGACUCAAACAAACAAUUGGAAUUGAUUAAAAACUUCAUCAAACAUCCUUCAGACUUCAUUCGAAUUAUUGCCAUUAUUGUCUGUUCGUUAUUCAAGACUCGUUUUGCGGGAAUGAUUAAUGGAUUGUCAAUGUAUCGACAAUUUCUUCGGUUUGGUAAAACUCCAUUUAGAAUAAGAGAUUUAGUUGUUAAAUUUAAAAGUAAUGUCGAUUUCAAAAAUAAGAUGUUACAAAUCAAUGAACUGGAAUUAUUUAAUCGUUCAACAUUGAGUCAAAUUUUUUCAUUAUACUAUGGAAUCAAUGAUGAAUCGAUUUUGCUUUACAAGUUGAAACUUUUAACCUCACCAACAUACAAAACAUUUGUCGGUAGACACGAAUGUUAUGCCUGGUACUGUGAAUCGUGGUUAGCUUUAUACAACACCCAUGAAAACUUGACCAAUUUAACACAACAGGAAAUGGACCUCAAGAUAGCAAUUCAAGUGCGUAACAAGGCCAAAAUACUAUCAAAACAAUUGUUAGGUGGAGCUGAUAUACUCAAUCUCACAUCAUCUACAUACAAUUCAUCAUCCAACAGUGAAGAUGAAUUGAAAUUGAAGGAUAUAAUGUUUAAAAAGACAAACUGUUGGAUUGAAAUUUAUAAAUUACUAGCCGAUUUGGGGUUCAAUACUUAUAGUGUGUUCAGUAUUGCUUUGCCUUUCCAAACUUGGCAAAUUUGGAUGGGAAUUGCAGCUUCUGGGUUGAGUACAGUUAAGUUGUAUAGAGAGACCAAAGAUAGAAUGAUUAAGGAGCAAGAGAAGAGUUAA